GGAGGGGGGCAGCGCCACGCAGCCCAGCCCGAGCCGCCGCCUCCUGCGCUCCUCCUCCUCCCCGGCCCGGCCCGGCCCGCCAGCCUUCCCUGCUACAGCGCCCCGAACUGAGCCAUGCUCGGCCGCCGGCCUCCUUGCCGCCCCCUCCCCCUCGCCCCCCUCGCCGUCGUCGUCCUCUUCCUGGCCUCCCCCGCCACUCCGGGGCCCAAGGAGAGCGACUUCUACAACUUCAAGGUGGUCAAUAUUAGGGGCAAGUGGGUGUCCCUGGAGAAGUACCGCGGCUCGGUGUCACUGGUUGUCAACGUGGCCAGUGAGUGUGGCUACACAGACCAGCACUACCGAGCCCUUCAGCAGCUGCAGCGGGAGCUGGGCCCACACCAUUUCAACGUGUUGGCCUUUCCUUGCAACCAGUUUGGGCAGCAGGAGCCAGACACCAACAAGGAGAUCGAAAACUUUGCGCGGAAGACUUAUGGAGUUUCUUUCCCCAUGUUCAGCAAGAUCGCUGUCCGUGGUGCUGGGGCCAAUGCUGCCUUCAAAUAUCUAAUUGAAUCCUCCGGGGAAGAACCAACUUGGAAUUUCUGGAAGUACUUAGUCGCCCCGAAUGGAAAAGUGGUGGGAGCCUGGGACUCAACUGUAUCAGUAGAAGAAAUUCGACCCAAGAUCCACGAGCUCGUGGGGAAGCUCAUCGUGGGGAAGAAGGAAGAAUUAUAAUCAUUCCUGACUUCACAGUGUCAAAUGUGAAUGCCAAAUGUGAAUGCCAGAUUUUUUUCUUACAGGUGCCUUUCAGGAAUAGAUUAUUCCUUCCUUGCUCUGCAAGCCCAGGGAGAAAAACUUGGGUUUUUAGAGAUAUAUUCUACUUUUAAUCUAGACAGAGCCAAUAAGAACUUGAGACCAAUAAGAAUUCAGCAGUUUAUAAGAUAUUGGCUACCAAUAUCUCAGAAUCUCUUCCAAGUAAUGCGGUGAGACCAAUAAAUGAUCAAUAGCCUAUAAGAAACAUAACCAAUAAGGUCUCAGCAGCCAAUAAGAAGUUGUGGCCAAUAAAAAUUCUUUAUCGGUUUAUAAGAAGUUUGACUACUGAGAUCUUAGUAACUAAUAAGGACUCAGCAGCCUUUACAAACUUCUGGUCAGUCAGAAGACAAGAGGUGAUAGUUACUUGUAGCCCAUAAGAAUUCCUCAUCAGCCUAUGAGAAUUUGCAGUUAUUAAGUUCUGAAUAGUCAGUGAUCAAUAAAGAUUCAUCAGUCUAUAAGAACUUGUGGCUACUAAAAUCUCAGUAAACAUUAAAAACUUGAGGCCAAUAAGGACUCAGAAACAUGAAAGAAUAAGCCCUCAAUAGCCAAUAAUAACUCAUGAACAUAACGAACUCAUGAACAAAAAGAACUUAUAGCCAAUAAGAACUUUUUGACCAAUCAAACCUCACUAGCCAAUAAAAAUUGUAGCCAAUAGAAACUCACAAUCGAAAGGAACUAACCAACUAGUCAGAAUUCUCUGCCAAGAAGAAGUUACCAGUCAACUUCAAAUGCCCAUAUGAGCAGUCCUGGGAGUAAGUGCUAGAGAAAAUGGGGAAGAGAUAAUGAAAGAGCCUAGUGCCUAUGGAAGGAGGAAGGAGAGGAAAAAGGAGGGGUGAAGGAUCCUGGUAAAUAAAUAUGGAAUCCCCAGGAUGAUUCCUACUAUUAAGAAGACGAAAGUGGAAGUAAGGAAUCCUGGUGCUAAUCCCAAGUAUGGGACCAACACAAUGUCCCUCUGUGAUCUUGCAUAAAUUGCUUCCUUUCUCUGAAUUUCAUUUUCCCCACUUGUACAUGGGGCCUGGUUGAACUAGAUGGUCUCUGAUGCUCCUUCUACUCUUAACAUCCCAAGGGUUCUUGAUGGUAUCUCCUUACCAUGCUCUGCUAUGAGACCAUUGUGACCAUGAAGCUAACCUUUCCCCCCUAGGACUUUGCUCAUCACAGAUCUCUUUAUAGGUUGGCCUGAAACAAAAAGGUGCUACUUUCUGCAAAGUCCCACAUGGGCCUAGGAAGUAGGGUAAGGAAGGAGCUGGUCUGCCACAGUUGGGAUCCAAUUCACAAUGCCCCACCUAUUAUUCACAAUAUGUUACAGUGGAGAGAAGGGGGACCCUGGAGACCAUGUAGUUCAAGCCCCCAGAAUCUCCUCAGACCUUCUGAAUUCUAAGGACCCUCAAGAGACCAUCAGAACCUGAAUAAAAGUCACUACCACUAAAGGGGCUCCUGUAGGCUUUUAAAUAUUCUUGACCUACACCCUCUCAUUGGAUCUGGACCAAUCUACCUGAACAUGAAUCCCCUCCCGUGCCUUGACCACAAUCACACAGCAAAUCAGGCAGAGCCAGAAGUAGCCCCCAGCCUUCCUGUUUGGGCACUUGCCUAACCCUGCCCACCUUUUACCAGCUCAGUUCCCGAGGAGCAAAGCUGAUUCAUUAGCAUGUUAGCAGCUCUUUUGUUGCCUUUUUAGAGAAGGAAGAGCAGGAGGAAACUGGGGGCGAGAGUGGGAAAGAGAUUUGGGCCAGGUCACAGUGAGUUAGGGAGGGAGAGAGAGGUCUAUCAACUCCUAAUCUCCCACACCGCUCUUCCUAAUCCCUUAACAAUAAGCUAAAUGCUACCUGCCCGUAGCCAUGGUCACACUGACGGUGUCCAGAGCAGAGGGCACGCCUGCCUGACUGUGGGGCCCAGCUCUUCCUUGGUGCUGAUUUUACCCUCAAUGAUGACUCACCUCAUGUAUGCAAACACAUCCAUUUUGAUAAUAAAGGCCUGUGGAAAACAAAA